AUGAACAAGCUGGAUUUAAGUGAGAUUACCUAAUUUCAUCACCUAGACGAUAAGGAUCCUUUAAAACAACACGACAUAAUCAUGCCCAUCCAACCAAGAAAAUUAAGAUCGUUUAAUCAACUGAGGAAUAAGAAGGUUAGUUAAUCAAUGCAAUCAAAAAAAAAAGACUAGGAAGUCUCCUUAUGCAGUAAUGAUAGAUUUGCUUAGUUUCCAUAAAGUUUUCAAUAAAAGCAUUCUUUUAAAUCUCUUAUGGAACAAUACUUCUAAUAAUUAAAUUAAAAAUAAAAUAAACCUAGAUAAAUUUCAUAAAAAACUACAAGAAUGAGAAAUUAUUCAAGUUAUAUUGGAUCUGAGAAAUUGAAAAAUCACAAGAAAUCUGGAAAUGAAAUUCUUAUUCAGGACUAUAGUACUUAUUCUAAUAGAUAAAUUAAAUUAUCAGAAAUGUGUAGAGAUAUAAUGAUCUUCAAACCUCUUAAAAAUCAAUCUUCUUAUUUCCCAUAAUUAGAAUUUCACUUUCAUAUUAAAUGA